AUGAGGAUUCUUAGCAGUCUAAUGAAACUUGGCAGAACCUGCCCCACAGUAUGUAUAUCAUUGCACUGACUGACUGCAGUCUUUGAUGAGGUGGUGAAUUCUGAUCAAACCCAUAUUUCUCUGUAUGUGCUGUGAUACAAUCACCGUUUUAAGGUUGCAAGUGCCUUUCUGUAGAAAUUGCUUUUAACUACUACAUCAAGUGCAGUGAUUUGGUUUAUGUUGUGUUUGCCUUGUUAGUAAAGUUAACUAAUAUUAUAUAUAUAAAAAAAAAAAAGUUCUAUUAAUUGUCAAAAUAUCUCACUUUGCAGUAACUGCCCCUUCCAAUUGUAUUUGUGUUGGGUUUCUCCAUUCCAUUUAGAGUUUGGAUCUCUGGUUACGUUCCAUAAUCUAGCAUUAACCCAUAGCUAAUGUGUGCCACCCUGUCCUCCUGUGCAGACUUGUCCUAUAGCUGCCUGUAACUACGUGGGACAAGGUCCUGUUAAAAUACCUACCUGUUAGCAGUGGUCUAUUCCACUGAGCUUUCAAUCUGGGAAGGCGAAGCUGAUUAGCCCAAACAUAAGACCAAAAAUCUUGGAGAAUUGGCUAUUACACUUGUGCCUUGGGCAGUAAAUGUGCUGUGUGAAUGCCAUACACAAAGAGCAAAUGUAAAUGGUAAAAGUAUUUUUUUUUAACUUCAGAGAAUCCCUUAAAGUUAUAAAACUGUAAAACUUACCUGUACUUAAUAAAUAUUGAACACAUUUGGCAUCAUUAUGCAGUGUAUGAUGACGCCAAAUAUGAAGAUUUUCAAAAUUAAAGGUUUUCAAUGAGAGAGUGCCUAUAGCCGUGAUUGUUUAACAAAGAUGAUAUUGUUUCGGUGCUUAUACCAUCCCUUUACUUGUUCUGCCCGAACUUAAUCCCCAUUGAUUUUAUCUCAUCAACCACUUGUUCCACUACUUCAAACAAGUUAUUGACAGAUCCCUGCACUCAUAGUAAUGGUCUUUUCUGGGUAUCUUUUACUAAAUGAUCCAUCCUUUUUUUUUUUUUUUAACACCUGAGUUACCCCAAGUUAAACUUGGAAGUAUUUUUGUGAUUAAAGGACCUGAAGGUAUUGCAGCUCUAUAUACUGUACUAUAUUUAUUGCUGCCGCUUAUGAGUAGUUGGAGUUUGAGUGUAUGGCUUAAUUUUCUAUGUUUGUAUGGGGGGCAGAGCCUAACCCCAGUAGCGGAUGGAUGCACAUUAUAUGAGCAACGGCAUCAACUAACAAUAAAAUCGAUAAAAAAUUGAAAACAUGACACCGGAACAGACAACAUUGCAAAUCCAGCAAGCAUGGGUAGGAAAACAAAAACCCGACAAGCCCCAGAUGGGGAUGAAUAUCAGCAAUAUGCUCCGACAAGUACACGAGGCGGCUAGGCCAAAGAUGGCAGACUACCUUGGUGAAUGUACAGAUACCUUGGACGAGGACCCGCUCUAUGAGGAGACUGCUGACUUACCACCACAGGUGCCAGCACCAUGAACCCCAAAGAGCCCAGACUCCCAGCCUGUCACGAUAGGAGCGCUAAAGGACCUACUCACGGGCCUCCAGAGAACUAUCCAAGCUGAUGUGGCCUCCCUCCGUACAGACAUCACAGACCUAGUGGGAAGGCUGAGCACUCUGGAGACCUCUUCAGACGGACAGACACAGAAGAUGGCAGCAUUGGAGAUCCUGGUGAAAGGCGCGCAAGAACCUCAAGGUACGAGGCAUACCCAAGGAAAUACCGGCAGUUGAACUAACACACCUGGUGAGAUGCCUGUUGGUGGCGCUGCUAACACCCAAACAAGCCAAGAUCAUUAAUCUGGACAGUAUAUUCCGCAUCCCAAAGCCGAGAAAGGCCCCAGCGGCUGCCCCAAGGGACUUGGUAGUGCACUUUCAAAACAUGAAAAACAAAUUGGCAGUAAUGGCUGCCCUCCAGGGGACUUCCCUGUACUUCUUUGAGAACAUGGGGCUCUCAUUCUAUGCAGAUAUUUCCAGGAGCACAAUGGUAUAGAGAAGAACGCUCCAGCCACUUACUUCCCUCCUCUGAGAACGCAAUAUAAGGUACACUUGACGGACACCUCAGACUCUCCUAGUCACCCACAGAGGUUCCACCUACACGAUAGGUGAUAUGCCAGAAGCGGAUGCCCUACAAGAGACACUCGGCCUCACGCAAGACUAGGCCCCCCCCGGACGGGGGAAGGCCCCAGCGGCCACCCACAGAUGGGACCACCAAGGUGACCCCAUUCGUCCCCCAGCGGGUGGAAUCUAGUGCCUAUGCUGCAACGACCACCCGAGGCUUCCCACAGCCUGCCUCACCCUGCACACAUACUAAAGCAGGACUAUAGAUAACCUGCUGUUAUAGACCUGUGCACAGUUUGUUACACCUGUUAGUUUUGUUUUUUGUUGCCGUCCACUCUACGCUUACCCCACUUUAAAAGCGUACUCACACUCCGAUGGGUUGGCUUAGUAGCCAACAGCUAUGCCCCCCCCCCACCCCGCCUCUAUCAACACCAUAUAGCCACACACAAUAGGCUCGAUGCAUCUGGGAAGCAGUCCCAAACACACCUAAGGCCAGUAAGCUGCCACACCAGCCAUAUAAGGGACAUUAUAGACCAUGCCAGCACCCACUAGAUAAAAAUUACCUCCCCACUAAACAUACAGCCCCAGCUAGCUAGCCACACCAUGAUUAAGCAAGGUAUGUGUCUGUAGGCACAACCCCGAGUCCGACACACACGGCGAGCCUGGGCACGCAUAUCAUCACGGUCCACAGGCUGGCCGAUUUAAAAACAUUGGUGCAUACCUUACCCCAAUACACUUCUAAAACCCUCAGGUCACAGAUGCCAUCAGUGCUGCAAACUGUGUUUUGUUUUUGUCUUCUAAUAUAUGUUUUAUCAUACUGUCAGCACAUGCAAACUAUAUUGCUUCCUUACUCUGAGCCCGAGAACAAUACAGAAUUGUAAUAUAAAAAGGUUAGCCUGACGCAGCAUGAGGUUCACUAACAUAUGCAUUAUUGUGUUACCAUUUUGUCUAUAUACAAAAAAUUGUGCUAAUACUUCGACUGCCACAUUGUCUUUGAUAUGUGUUUUACAGAACCUGCCUCUGCUGUUGUGGCAAUGCAGCCCUGUUUUUUACUUGAGCACAACAAAAAUAAAGAAUUGAAUUUUUUUUAAUUUUAUUUUUAAAUUUACUGUUAACUGAACAUGUUAUUUAUUUAUUGCAAAACAUUUUGUUAUUAGGGUAAAUGCACAAAAUUGACAUGCUAUUCAGAAUGUUUUUAUAUUUUCAAGAAUAUAUGUGUGUGGUGGAUGCAGUGUAUGUUUGUGUGUGUGUAUAGUGAAUGCAGUGUAUGUUUGUGUGUGUGUAUAGUGAAUGCAGUGUAUGUUUGUGUGUGUGUGUAUAGUGAAUGCAGUGUGUGUGUGUGUGUAUAGUGAAUGCAGUGUAUGUUUGUGUAGUGUGUGUAUAGUGAAUGCAGUAUGUUUGUGUAGUGUGUGUAUAGUGAAUGCAGUAUGUUUGUGUAGUGUGUGUGUAUAGUGAAUGCAGUGUAUGUUUGUGUGUGUAUAGUGAAUGCAGUGUAUGUUUGUGUGUGUAUAGUGAAUGCAGUGUAUGUUUGUGUGUGUAUAGUGAAUGCAGUGUAUGUUUGUGUAGUGUGUGUAUAGUGAAUGCAGUAUGUUUGUGUAGUGUGUGUAUAGUGAAUGCAGUGUAUGUUUGUGUGUGUGUGUAGUGAAUGCAGUGUAUGUUUGUGUAGUGUGUGUAUGUAUAGUGAAUGCAGUGUGUGUGUGUGUGUGUGUGUGUAUGUAUAGUGAAUGCAGUAUGUUUGUGUAGUGUGUGUGUAUAGUGAAUGCAGUGUAUGUUUGUGUGUAUGUAUAGUGAAUGCAGUGUAUGUUUGUGUAGUGUGUGUGUAUGUAUAGUGAAUGCAGUGUAUGUAUAGUGAAUGCAGUAUGUUUGUGUAGUGUGUAUGUAUAGUGAAUGCAGUAUGUUUGUGUAGUGUGUGUAUAGUGAAUGCAGUGUAUGUGUGUGUGUGUAUAGUGAAUGCAGUGUGUGUGUGUGUAUAGUGAAUGCAGUGUAUGUUUGUGUAGUGUGUGUGUGUAUAGUGAAUGCAGUGUAUGUUUGUGUAGUGUGUGUGUAUAGUGAAUGCAGUGUAUGUUUGUGUAGUGUGUGUGUAUAGUGAAUGCAGUGUAUGUUUGUGUAGUGAAUGCAGUGUGUGUGUAUGUAUAGUGAAUGCAGUAUGUUUGUGUAGUGUGUGUAUAGUGAAUGCAGUGUAUGUUUGUGUAGUGUGUGUGUGUAUGUAUAGUGAAUGCAGUGUAUGUUUGUGUAGUGUGUGUAUGUAUAGUGAAUGCAGUAUAUGUUUGUGUAGUGUGUGUGUAUGUAUAGUGAAUGCAGUGUAUGUUUGUGUAGUGUGUGUGUAUGUAUAGUGAAUGCAGUGUAUGUUUGUGUAGUGUGUGUGUGUAUGUAUAGUGAAUGCAGUGUAUGUGUGUGUGUGUAUGUAUAGUGAAUGCAGUAUGUUUGUGUAGUGUGUGUAUAGUGAAUGCAGUGUGUUUGUGUGUGUGUAGUGUGUGUAUAGUGAAUGCAGUGUAUGUGUGUGUGUAUGCAUAGUGAAUGCAGUGUAUGUUUGUGUAGUGUGUGUAUGUAUAGUGAAUGCAGUGUAUGUUUGUGUAGUGUGUGUAUGUAUAGUGAAUGCAGUGUAUGUGUAGUGUGUGUGUAGUGAAUGCAGUGUGUGUGUGUAUAGUGAAUGCAGUGUAUGUUUGUGUAGGUAUGUUAAGUGUGUAAAAUGGGGGGGGGGCAUAUUUACUUUUGUUACUUAAAAAAAAAAAAAAAAGUCCCCCCCCUCCCUGCUUCUUACCUGGUCAGGGAGGGGGGAUAUGGCAUUCUCUGGGGGGCCCAGCACACUCUUACUUACCUUCCCAGCAGCUCCCUCCAGCCACCAGAGUUAGACAGGAGAGCUGCUGGGAAGGUAAGUAAGAGUGUGCUGGGCCCCCCAGGACCCUAAUGGCGGCCUUGGUCUGCAUUAUCGGCAAUAUCUAUAUAUUUAUUGGCCGAUACCGAUAUUGCUGAAAAUACAGAAUAUCGGCCAAUAAUAAUAGGCCAGACCGAUAAUCGCUCAAUCUCUAGUCUGAACUCAUUCGGCCGAUGUGCCAUUGCUUUAUAAAUGUUUGUCAAAAUAUUAUCUUGCAAGACAGUGUAAUGUUAGCAACUAAAAUCUCAAAAAGUGGGAUACAACAUUACGUUGAACACCGUCAUCUCUUGCUCAAUAAUUCAUCCUUGCAAUCAUACAUUAAAUUCGAGAUUAUUCUAACCUCAGUAACCGAAUAAUCUAAAUUUUUGAAAGACAGGAGGCGAAUAUUUGCUCAUCUUUCUUUACUGAAACUCCCAGCAGCAAAGAAACCGUUAACAGUAAGUAAAAGGUUUAACCAAUCAGAAUAUACAGUUGCAAGAAAAAGUACGUGAACCCUUUGGAAUGAUAUGGAUUUCUGCACAAAUUGGUCAUAAAAUGUGAUUAGAUCAUCAUCUAAGUCACAACAAUAGACAAUCACAGUCUGCUUAAACUAAUAAAACACAAAGAAUGAAAUGUUGCCAUGUUUUUAUUGAACAAACCAUGUAAACAUUCACAGUGCAGGUGUAAAAAGUAUGCAAACCCUUGGAUUUAAUAACGAGUUGAACCUACUUUGGCAGCAAUAACUUCAACCAAACGUUUCCAGUAUUUGAAGAUCAGACGUGCACAAUGGUCAGGAGUAAUUCUUGACCAUUCCUCUUUACAGAACUGUUUCAGUUCAGCAAUAUUCUUGGGAUGUCUGGUGUGAAUCGCUUUGUUGAGGUUAUGCCACAGCAUCUCAAUCGGGUUGAGGUCAGGACUCUGACUGGGCCACUUCCGAAGGCGUAUUUUCUUCUGUUUAAGCCAUUCUGUUGUUGAUUUACUUCUAUGCUUUGGGUCAUUGUCCUGUUGCAACACCCAUCUUCUGUUGAGCUUCAGCUGGUAGACAGAUGGCCUUAAGUUCUCCUGCAAAAUGUCUUGAUAAACUUGGAAAUUAAUUUUUCCUUUGGUGAUAGCAAUCCGUCCAGGCCCUGACGCAGCAAAGCAGCCCCAAACCAUGGUGCCCCACCACCAUACUUCACAGUUGGGAUGAGGUUUUGAUGUUGGUGUUCUGAGCCUUUUUUCCGCCACACAUUCCAAACAACUCAACUUUGAUUUCAUCUGUCCACAGAAUAUUUUGCCAGUACUGCUGUGGAACAUCCAGGUGCUCUGCUGCAAACUGUAAACGUCGAGCAAUGUUUUUGUUUGGACAGCAGUAGCUUCCUCUGUGGUAUCCUCCCAUGAAAUCCAUUCUUGUUUAGUGUUUUACGUAUUGUAGAUUCGCUAACAGGGAUGUUAGUAUUUGCCAGUGACUUUUGUAAGUCUUUAGCUGACACUCUAGGAUUCUUCUUCACCUCAUUGAGCAGUCUGCGCUGUGCUCUUGCAGUCAUCUUUACAGGAUGGCCACUCCUAGGAAGAGUAGCAGCAGUGCUGAACUUUCUCCAUUUAUAUACAAUUUGUCUUAUCGUGGACUGAUGAACAGCAAGGCUUUUGGAGAUACUUUUAUAACCCUUUCCAGCUUUAUGCAAGUCAACAAUUCUUAAUCGUAGGUCUUCUGAGAGCUCUUUUGUGCGAGGCAUCAUUCACAUCAGGCAAUGCCUCUUGUGAAAAGCAAACCCAGAACUGGUGUGUGUGUUUUUAUAGGGCAUGGCAGCUGUAACCAACACCUCCAAUCUCAUCUCAUUGAUUGGACUCCAGUUGGCUGACAUCUCACUCCAAUUAGCUCUUGGAGAUGUCAUUCGUCUAGGGGUUCACAUACUUUUUCCACCUGCACUGUGAAUGUUUACAUGGUGUGUUCAAUAAAAACAUGGCAACAUUUCAUUUUUUGUGUGUUAUUAGUUUAAGCAGACUGUGAUUGUCAAUUGUUGUGACUUGAUGUGAUGAUGAUCAGAUCACAUUUUAUGACCAAUUUGUGCAGAAAUCCAUAUCAUUCCAAAGGGUUUACAUACUUUUUCUUGCAACUGUAUAACAGAGUAUGUCUAGUCAUCAGGCUCCUCCCAACUCCUCUUACUUGAUGUAGCCGACAGUUGUAGAGUCAACCAUGUAAACGAAAACAGUAGACCGAUGAGUAGAUCCUAAAAUAGUCAACCAUGUAAACCGGUGUUAAUAAUUGAAGAUCAUUCCUUGCGAAGGUAACGAAGAGUCUUCACACUAAAAAAAAGAGAAAUAAAUUAUGAAAGUAUGGUCUCUUGGUUAAGAGAAUCAAAACCUCUUAACUAACAUUAAGGCCAUGUAUUCAAAAGCAGUGUGUAUAAAGUACACCGACAAAUCUUAAGGCUAUGAAUUAAAGAUGUAGUACAACUAUAAAUGCAUUCUGUAAAGAAUAAACCGAAAACCCUAGAAGAUUACAAAAUUAAUUGGUAACAAAAUAUUAAGGUGUUGCAAAAUACCUACCUAGCAGGAUGGGGAGAGUAUUCCACGAGUGGGAAAAUAUUCACCUCCUGUCUUUAAUAAAAUAAAAUUCACUAAGGUUAGAAUAAUCCAGAAUUGUUUAUCCUGGAAAUAAGGAUAGCUCACUGUAGACUAAUUAAUUGGUUUUAGUGCGUCGGGUAAUGGAGAAGUUUACUCCCUCGGGAGUAAAGUCAGAGGCGUGAACGUCAAAUGCUCUGAUGUCCAAAACUUUAUGAGAGCAUACCAAACAGAGAAGUAGUGCCAAUUUGGCUGACAGUUGUUGGAGAGAGAGUGCUUCAUUUAGAAGGCCAAGCCUAUAAAAAGGAUAGCACAAUAGCAACAUCCCAAAACUGAUUAUAUUUGGCAGCCGGAGGUCUUGCGAGGUGGAUGCCCCGCAAAAGUCUACAUAUGGAAGGAUAUUUGCCAACUGACGAGUUGUCAACAGAGUUAUGGGCCGCAGAAAUAGCGUAACGAAAAACAUUAAUCAACCGAUCAGAUUUACCCUGCUCGAAAAGGGAUGACAGAAAGUAAUUAUGUUAAUUAAAGAAAUUGAAAAAGGAUAGAUGUCCCUCUUCAAACACCAGCCACUCCAAUGUCGCCAUGCCGAGAGGUAAGACCAUCUUGUUCCUGGGGCCCAUGAAUCCCAUAGGAGUCCUCGAGCAGUAGCUGAAAGGCCAGAGACGUUCCAGGAUCCCCUGAAAUGGUCCAGGCCACCAAUUGGAGGUGGCCUUACAGUGCUAGUGGAUGGAAGUUGCAUGAUGGAUCCUUAAGGAGAUUGUAGGAGGUUGGUAAAAAUAGGGGACAGUCCCCCGACAUUUCCAGGAGAUAGGGGAACCAUGGUUGGGUUUGCCACAGCGGGUCACCAGUGUUAUCAUGACGCCCUGUGUUUUUAGAUAUUGUAUCGUGCAUAGGAUCAUGAAGAAAGGGGGAAGGCAUAUGUUCCGGACAUUGGCCAUGAUUGGAGGAAAGCAUCCACUGCCAGGCAUGCUGGGUCUGGAAGCUAGCCGAAAAAAUGCGUCUGUCUGGGUCUGGAAGCUAGCCGAAAAAAUGUGUCAGUCUGACGGUUCAGGCGAGACGCAAACAGGUCCAGGGUGAAUGGUCUUCUCAGGAGCUGGAGACAUUGAAAUAUGUGUGGUCCAGUUGCCAAUCGCUGGAGUCCCUCCAAUGAUAGGAAAACCAAUCUGCAACAAGGUUGUCAGAGCCUGGUAGAUAUUCUGCACGAAGGGAAAUGUUCCUGUCCAGGCAGAAUUGGUACAGUUCCUUCGUCAGAUCUGAUAGCAUCUUUGAUCGGGAGCCACCUAGGCGGUUCACGUACUGUACUGCUGACACAUUGGCCAUUCUCAGGACAAGGCAGCAAUUGUAGGCCUCCUUGGCAAAGCUGCAGAUCGUGAAGGAACCAGCAAUUAGUUUGAAGCAAUUUAUGUGUAGUGCUUGCUCUGAUGGGCACCAGAGGCCGUCGGUAGACCAUUCUGCGCAGGUGGCACCCCAUCCCAGGAGGCUGCCUCUAUUGAAGCAGAGUGUAAUCCGAUUAUGUAAGUUAAAUCUCUGAGGCGGAGAUAUGGGGAGACUAACCAUCUCCGAAUGUCCUUUUUUAUUUUUGUAGCUGGGAGUUGCAGAACUGCCUGAACAGAAUCUAUCUGAAAUCCUAGAAACUGUACUGUCUGAGACGGGGUUAGAGAUUUUUUAGAUGUUUAUUAUGAAACACAGGUUCUGUAAAAGAGCCGUAGUCAUGUUUGUAUAAAGACGUAGAGUCUCUUAGUAUUGAGCCAUAAGGCGGAUAUCGUCCAGGUAUAUGAUGGAUCAAAUCCCUUGUGAAUGUUGUAGUGCCAUCACUGGUUUCAUUAGUUUGGUGAAGCACCAAGGUGCGGAACAUAGUCCGAAAGGGAGACAGGUGAACUGCCGCAGUUCUUAACGCCAACUGAAAUUGAAGGAAGGUGCGAAGCUUCGGUGUUACUGGUACCAUGAGGUAUGCAUCCUUUGGGUCGAAACGGGAGAGCCAAUCUCUCUCGCAGAGAAGGUCUCGUAAUAGAUGGAUGCCUUCCAUCUUGAAAUGUCUGUAUUUGAUGAAAUUGUUCAAUUCUCUUAAAUUGAUGACUGGUUGGAAUUCUCCUGACUUUUUCUUGACUAGAAACAUGUUGCUCACUAAACUUCGUGGGGUGAGGGAUCAUUCAGUAGCACCUUUGGUGACUAUUCGUUGACUUCGACUUGUAGGGUAGUGUGGUUUAUUUGUGACAUCCUGAGUGGGGUAGGUGAGGAAAUUUGAAGUAGGUCCUCUGUAAAUUCUAGGUGGAAACCGGACACGGUCUGAAGGAUCCACGGAUCCUGUGUGAGUUGAGACUACUGUUGGGGGGGGGGAAAUGGGUUAACCGGGCCAGUGUUAGGUACAUGAGAAAAAUGAGAGUCCAUUACCUGUAGGAGUGCGUCUGCGGAGGGAAGCAGAUCCACGUCCUCUAAUAGAUCCACAAGAGGGAUUUGUGGUUUAAACGGGUAUUGCCCGCGUUCCAGUGAUCCGAUGGUCGAGGCCUGUAGCAUAUGUUGGUAAGACCGACCUGACGCUCAGAGACUGCAUUCGAGGACAUCGGUCCAUCAUCAACCCUGUAUACUGUGAUGAAAAGACUGAUAAACCAGUCGCUAAACAUUUUCUGAUGAAGGGACAUAGUCUCCCAUCUUUACGAUUCAUUGCCAUUGAUCAUGUCCCCCCUUUACCCCGUGGGGGAGACAAAGCUAAAAUAUUGCCGAAAUGUGAUGCAUACUGGAUACACCACUUAAACACUGUAUCCCCCAAUGACUUGAAUGAGAACAUAGUAUUCUCCAUGUUUCUAUAAUUAUGCAUUUAUAGCAUUUACAUUUUUGCUUAAUCUUAGUAAAUAUUUGUUUAAUAGAGUUUUCCCAUGAUAAUACUGAAAUAGCGUUUCUGCAUAAUCCCUCAUAUGCAGGGGUAGACUUUUAUGGUCCGCUAAUAGUAUACUUUUGUAUUUCUCUCUUGUUUCCUUUAUUGUUAAUGUAUCAAUGUGGUACUAUCUUUAAGUAACCCUGCAUACGUCCAACGCACACUUUUGUAUGUGGCUAUUCUUGGGUAUACACAUCUGAAUUAAUUCCUUAACUUAUACAAAGCACUAGCACGUAUUUUUCUCCUGCUCUGUCCAUUGUAAGUAUUAUAUAUAGACAAUAGCCACUUUAUUUUCCCAGAACCACUCAGUGAUGUUCAUUGGGACUUAACUAAAAAAAAAACUCCAUUUUAAUUUUUUCUGUGGUUCCUUGGGGACUACCUAUUUUUUUCUCAUUGAGAUGCACAGGUUUGAAAUGUUCACGUUCGUUUGUAGUUCACUUUGUAGCCUCAGAGGUACCCUUAUAAUCCUCCUUAAAUCAAUGCUCAUAGUAUCACGCACGGGUGCUUGGUUGCCUGUAACUACUGUUGCCUAGUUACCUUAAGAUCCACGUUAGAGACGUAACGGAAUGACGUCACACGUGGUCUUCACUCACUUCCGGGUUCACAAUCAGGUGGUGGAGAGUUUUGCACAAUAAAUCAAGUUUAAUUUUCAAAUCCAGGUGUGCACCUCUUAUUUUUCUGGAUAUAUUUUUUUGUGGGUUUGCACCCUGGUCACAACAUUUAAAUUACUACAUUAAGGAAGAGUGCCAAACUACGACUUUUUGUGUGUGUGUGUGUGUGUGUGUGUGUGUGUGUGUAUAUAUAUAUAUAUAUAUAUAUAUAUAUAUAUAUAUAUAUAUAUAUAUAUAUAUAUAUAUAUAUAUAUAUAUAAUGUAUGUAUUGUGUGUGUGUGUGUGUGUGUAUAUAUAUAUAUAUAUAUAUAUAUAUAUAAAUUGUGGGGGGGAAGCAUUUAUAAAAAAUAAAAAAACUCUAACUUUGGCCAGCGUUUGUGACUAAGUGGCUGCUACAAAAGACUGGAAAUAUCCCAUUUAGAAUACCCUGGGUUGUCUACAUUUGAAAAUGGUAUGCCAUGAUGGGGUCAUUUCACAUUCCUGGGUUACCAUAUGGUUUCAAAAAGCAACACAGACCCAGCAUGGCAAUCUGGCAAACUGAAUUGGGCAAGCCCUAUAUUGACCCUGUAACUUUCAAACCACCAUAAAACCUGUGCAUGGGGGUAUUGUUAUACUCGGGAGACUUCGCUGAACACAAAUAUGAGUGUUUACAACAGAAAAACUUAUCACGACCAUGAAAUCACCAGUAAAACUGCAGUUUUUGUGUAAAAAUAAUGCAGAAAACAAAUAUGAACGCUAACUUUGGCCAGCAUUUGUGGCUAAGUGGCUACUACAAAAGACUGGACAUACCCAAUUUUUUUUAUUUUUUAUAAUUCUUUAUUUUUAGUUUAUAUGAAAAUACAAUACAUGGGCUCAUCAUGCCCCGAAAGCAUGGGCGAGUUUGUGUCACAAUUUACAGAGUCCUUAAGUUAACAUGUAUGAGGAAAUAGAACAAGUAAACAACACAAUUUUGGUUCCACAUAUAUAGCUUAGGCCUUCCUGGCUACACUGUUGAGGUGGGUAUAGAGAUUACUACGGAACGGGGUUAAUGCGGGGUGGGUUCCACGAUUAGUCAGUCACUGUCGCGAAACUAGUAUAUUGGUUUUUCGGACUUGUGUUCCUGUCUUGUUUGGUGUGAGGGCGGUGAAUCCCUCAGUGGGAUGUUGGUUUGGGACAUACCCCAUUUUGAAUACCAUGGGUUAUCUACUUUUACAAAUGGUAUGCCAUGAUGGGGUUAAUUUUCAUUCUUGGGCUGCUAUACGGUCUCAAAGGCAACAUAGGCCCAGCAAGCCAAUCUGGCAAAUUUCAAUGUGCAAACAUGGAAAAAGGGAAACCCCUACACUUGAUCCCUGUAAGUUUGCAAAAACCCAUAAAACCUGUACAUUGGUGGCACUAUUGUACUCGGGUGAUGUUGCUGAACACAUAUUGUGUUCUUUGGCAGUAACACAUAACAGGAGAUGAGAAUCCAUGCCUAAAGUACAGUGUGUGUGAAAAAUAACACAACAAAAUGACUACCCAAAAGGUUGACAAAGACUGGUGGUAGAAUUAGUGUAUGGAAAGUGUUAAAAUACCACCAUUUCAAAUAUCCUAGGGUGUCUACUUUUCAAAAAUAUAUGGUUUAAUGGUAAAUUACAUUGGCCGGCUUCAAAAAUGUUCCAAAUAGGACAUGGGUGCAUGAUGACCAGCUGUUAAAAUUCCAAGUUGUAAAAUUGGAAUGUGCACCCUCCAAAUAAGGUCUUUUAGCCCCCAGAGAACCCGACACACCUAUACAUGAGAGGUAUCACUGUACUCAGGAGAUGUUGCUGAACACAUAUUGAGGUGUUAUUUGGCAGUAACCCUUAAAGUUCUCAGUACAUGUAUUCUUAAAUUGCUAUGUGUGUCAAAAUAAUCACCAUUUAAAAAAAAAAAAAAUUAAUUUGGCAUAGAUUGGUGGUAAAAGGAGUCAAAAUACCCCAAGCUUAAGACCUUAGGCUGUCUUCUUUUAAAAAAUAUAUACAUGUGAAGGGUUAUUCAGGGAUUCCUGACAAUAAAUGACGAUUUUUGUCCAACUUGUGCACGUUGUACAUCCACAACUUGGACUGAGCUCUAUCUCCUCCAAAUCCAAGCUGUAGUCUACAACUGUUGAUCAGUGUUCAUAGUGAACCAAGCAAUAAAUAGACAAAUAGCAGCUACUGUAUAUCAGUAUUACAAUGUAACUUGCGUUAAUUUUGAAAAAAAUGGUUUGGAAAUGGCUACUUGUACUUAUAGCCCUGUAACUUUCCAAAAAAAGCUAAGAACAUGUUAACAUUGGGUAUUUCUAAACUCAGGACAAAAUUUAGAAACUAUUUAACACAGGUGCUUUUUUGGCAGUUGUAGAUGUGUACCAGAUUUUCGGGGUCAAAGUUUGAAAAAGUUUUUUUUUUUUUUUUAAAUCAUAUUUUAUAAAAAAAAAGAAUUAUAGUAAAUUAUGAUAUGAUGAAAAAAAUGGUAUCUUUAGAAAUGGCAAAAAAAAGGUAUAUAAUAUGUGUGGGUACAGUAAAUGAGUAAGAAGAAAAUUACAGCUAAACACAAACACUGCAGAAAUAUAAAAGAGCCCUGGUCCUUAAUGGUAAGAAAAUUGAAAAACUGUCUGGUCACUAAGGAGUUAAAGGCAUAGUUGUACUUCGUUAUUUCACCGGCACAACUUUUCAAGAAUGUUGCCUAUGUGCUUUGAUGUCAUAACUCUAUCUUUAUAUCUCUCAUCUUUGUUUUCUAUUUCAGUAUCUUUCAGUAAAUAUAUCCAGUGGGAUAUUGCGGUCAUGCAGAGCUUUAACAGGAGGAAGACCUUUUUACGACAAACAACCUGAAGAUUCUUUCAGGCCAGUCAGCCGCUACCCAAUACCUUAUAAGAAGGAUUUGCCAUAUGAUAUGGUAGAACUUAUGGAAGAGGUAGAAAGAAGGGUAAGGUAGCCACAGAGAAAUGCCUGGUGUCACUAUGUGAGCGUUUAGCUAUGAAAUGCUGUACAUACCGAGUUUAUCCUCUUUGCUGCUGGAGGUAUAACUCCACCUCUGGUAACAUCAUUGAGGUAUCAUUAGCCAAUCUGGGACAAUAGCUCUAGGCUGCCUAAUGUCUGUGCAUAUUGGACAUGUGACAUCACCAUGCGCUGUAUGCUGGCGACAGGCAUCAAAUGGAGCAACAAGCCUUCCUCUGUGCUGCCCAUGUGCUACCCUCAGCAUGUUCUCCAUGAUAUCCUUCCCCUUGAUGGGGAGUGACGUUAGUGAGGAGGAUCAGGCUCAGGGAAGAAUUCGGCCUCUGCGCUGGAACAGAGGUAAGGUGGGUUUUUAUUUAUUUAUCUUUAAAGUUUAAGGGGAAUCAGGAUAGGAAGUGUUAUAACCAAAAACAGUGUUUUUGUAAAAUUUAUUACUAAAGUGGAAAUGUCACUUCCUAAGAAGUGACCAUUCCUUGUGCAUUUGCCUCUGUAAACGCUAUUCCAGUUUUUACCAGGAUGAGUAACACACUGAAGGUAUGUUAACAAAUGUAUGUUACAUACAUAAAGUAUAUGUAUGUAGCCUCCGGCUGGGGUCAUGCAUUGGCAGUCUGAAUAUUUUCCAGCAGCUCCACAUGUACGCAUCUGCUUUGUGUACAAAACUGCUAGCAUGUGAAUGUCAUUAAUGUUAUGUCCAGCAAAACAAGUAAGUUUAAAGAAUUUAAAACUAAAUAAAAUUAAAAAAAAAAGUUGUACAAGGUUGUGCUAAAAUUGAGGAAAGACACUCUAAGCACCAACACAACAUUACAUUAUUGCAAAAGUGAUGCUGCAUAGAACAACAUAGGCCAACUAUUGGUUCUGAUAGUGGUUUAGAAUUGCAGCUAUUUUGUACAAACCACUGCAGCUCAAGGAUAGCAACAUAAAACUGUAAUACAUGCAGCCGAAACACCUAAUUCUAUGCUGCUUAUGUCGAUUUUUGUCCAACUUGUGCACGUUGUACAUCCACAACUUGGACUGAGCUCUAUCUCCUCCAAAUCCAAGCUGUAGUCUACAACUGUUGAUCAGUGUUCAUAGUGAACCAAGCAAUAAAUAGACAAAUAGCAGCUACUGUAUAGCUCAUAUGUGUUUACAGAGCAGUUUUAGUAAUCCUAAGUGACUAGUGGAACUGCUCUUGGGGAUAAACCGUGCAUUACAUAAACCUCUGUUGGACAGCGUUUUAUAGGAUAAGAGUAUCUUCCUAGUUAGGGACUUGCCUGCCUGUAGAUUAUAUGCAAAGUCCUCAUUCAGAAUUUGAAGACUAUCUAUAUGUUCUGGAGUACCUGUCUUCAUCCAUCCAAUUAUUUUCUGUUUAGCGUUACAGUUAUACAGUAGGGUUCUUUAACAGCUAGUAUUUCACACAAAUAAUGUUAACAGAAAUGAGAUGAAGUUGUUUUGUUUUUUAACAUUGGGGAGGAGGGCACCCAACAAAGGGUUGCUUUAUCAAAAAUCUGUGUUUUUAAACAAAAAAACUCAAGGCAUCAUACAAUGAUACAUUUUAUACGCAAGUGCUUUAAAAUAUGCCAAUAAAUUACUUACACAGACACACACACACACACACAAUUGAUUGGCAGUCAGGUAAGGGAUCAUAAUUUUUUUUUUUUUUUUUACAUUUAAAGGGACACUAUAGUUUCCUAAAUUAUUUAUUAUUUCUUUAAAUAAGCUACAAGUGCCCCUCCCAAGAUUAGGCUCUGGAUCCGACACUACUGCAGUCUCACUGCUAAAAUUCUUUGCCAUUUAGGAGUUAAAUCACUUUGCAGCUAUGCGCUCAUGCAGUCCUAGUCACACCUCCCUGCAUGUGACUUACAUAGCCUUCCUAAAAACUUAAUUUACAGAUUCUUCUAAUUCUGUUUAAUUUGGAAUUUCUUAUCCCCUGCAAUGUUAAUAGCUUGCUAGAUCCUGCAGGAACCUCCUGUAUGUAAUUAAAGUUCAAUUUACAGAGCAGACAAUUAAAAACUUCUCUAGUAAGUUACAUCUGAUUAAACCAUUUUUUCCCCAUGCAGGCUGUGUGAGUCACAGCCAGGGGAGGUGUGGCUAGGGCUGCAUAAAAAGAAACUGCUUCAUUAAGCUAAACGUGUUUUCGUGACUAUAGUGUCCCUUUAAUGAAAACUUGAUCACUUAAUGGCAAUUCUGCUUGUAUAAUGUAUAGAUGAAAUAAUGUAAUCUUCAAUGUUACUUUAACAUGUCUACAGUCACAGAUGCACAUUAGAAACUAAUUUUUAGUGCUCUAUUUUAAAUUUCCAGAAUAUGUGUGUGAAUUGAUAUUAUUGAAAUAGAUGGUUUAGCUAUUCGUCAGUAUGAUUGCUGCUCUUUUUUUAGAUCGUUGGUAACAUUGCCUUUUCUUGCUCUUUGUAGGGUGGAUUUUUGCCAAAUGUCUUUAAAGCAAUGGCACACCGACCAGAUGAGUUCAGAGCAUUUUUCACGUACUAUGAUUGUCUUAUGAAUAAAGAAACAGGUAUACAGAUAUAAAUGAAUGACAACUAGUAGCACUAAGAUUUGUGAGCUCUGCGAUUUAAUCCGAUUUAUAACGAAUCCUGUAAUAUUUUAUUUACUCUCCUCUAUAACAUGUGAGUAAUGUAUGGUGAUUGCUGUUCACCAGCACACCCCUUGCUUUGAGACCUCGUUCCUUAUCCCCCCACCCUAUUUGUUCUGGGAUAAGUAAAUAUAUUUUUAAAAAAAUAAUAAAGGUUAAUAUUCUUCUUCUAGUACUGCAUCAGAUGUGCAGUGGAAAUUGCCUUCUGCAAACUGAUUGAUUUAUUUUCUGUUUUGGAACACUUUUUUUUUUUUUUUUUCUCUCAAUGAUAUUUUAUUUUGCCUUCCAUUUGGAUCAACACCAAUACUCUGGUAAUCUUUUUAUUGAUUAGAUUCCUAUUACCCACGAACCCUAUUAUUGUCAUUGUUUAUCAUAUUUCCGAUUCUCUCUGUGAUGUUACAGGUCCAUUACCAUAACCAAUACAGCACUGAAGUUAUGGUGCCAGGAGUGACCUGUUACACCCCACUGCAUGUAGUUAAACCAUUUUAGAACCAUUUGAAUUCUUACUCUAGGUACACUGUGGGCUACUUCUCUCCUACUUUAUCCCCCACCUGAAAUUGCCAUCACUAUACAAUUUCCUGAAUUCUAAUUACUAUUUUAUAUUUAUACAUAUUAAAUUUACAUUUAUGUUUUCUUAUAAGUGUUAACCAUCAUACACUACAAUUAACAGUUUUAUGUGCGUUAUUAGCUAAAGAAUUUAACGGUGUUGCAGUCAAAUUCACAUCAGUCAACUAAUCAUUUAAGCCUGGUAAAUUAGACAGAAUCCGCUAGACAUGUGCACCAGUGAAAUUUUCGUUUCGUACAAAUGAUUUCGUACUAAAUAAAAAUAUAAUUCGUCAAUCCUGAAUUUUGACCGCAAACCAUUAGUUUUCGAACAAAAUUCGUAAAAAAAUAACUUUUCGUCCAUUAGGAAACGAAAACAGCACUGCACAUGCACAUAAAAAGCAAGGAAGGAGCCGGCAGCACUACCAGCUCCCUCCUUGUAAUAAAUAACUAUUCAUACACCCCCUAUUGCAUUAAAACCUAUGGAGGUCACUAUGACCCCCAUAUUAAUAAUAGGGAGGUUAUAUCCUCCUGCAUGCCCCUACUCGUGGCAUGCCACGAGUAGGGGCAUGUUGCCCAUGUUGUCAUUUAACACUACAUAUAAAUCUGUAUGGGGGUCACUAUGACACCCAUAUUGAUAAAAGGGAGCUGCCCAGUCACUAGUAGUUUUAAAUUUGUUUAGGCGACAUGCCCCUACUCGCAGCAUGCCGCGAGUAGGGGCAUGCGGGAGAAUUUAACCUCCCUUUCAUCAAUAUGGGGUCAUAGUGACCCUCAUACUGAAUUAUAUUUAGUUUGAAAUGUUUAGGCAACAUUUGAAAUGUUUAGGCAACAUGCCCCUACUCGCGGCAUACCGCAAGUAGGGGCCUGCGGGAGGAUUUAACCUCCCUUUUAUUAAUAUGGUGGUCAUAGUGACCCCCAUAGGUAUUAAUGCAGAGGUGGGGUUGUUGGAAUAUUUAUUACAAGGAGAGAGCUGGUAGCGAUGCCGGCUCCCUCCUUUUGUUCUUGUUUUCGUGCAUGCGCACUGUUAUUUCUCCGUGAUGUGGGGGUUAAUUCCCCUGCAGCACGCAGUCUAUUAAACAAACUAAACGGAAAGGUAAAGCAUUUGGCAUUUGUCCUUUCGUUUAUAUUUUGUUUGUAGGGCUUUCAUUUACAUUUUAGUAAACGAAUACGGAAAAAAAACAAAUUUUCGGACAAAAUUGUAUUAGAACGAAAACAAAUACACUUACCUAGAAUCCGCUGUUUACCAUAUUCUGUCAAGGAAGGCCUGUUACCAAGGUUUCAGUACAGGAUGAUUUUAAUGAGGACGUAGUAGGGCUUUCUGCCACUAUGCUUUGGCGAAUCCAUCAUGUUCAAAGUUGUGCCAAAUGCAGGCCUUUUUGUGUUCUUUAGGAUUUGUGACACUUACAUUUUAUUUUGACCCCCAGUUGGUCAAAGUCCUUUCUUAGCUGGAAUAUUUUUAACAAAUAUAUGUGUAUAUAUCUAGAAAAAUUAAUUUUUCUGCAAGGUCAGGCAUAUUUUGCUAUGCACUUAAAGUCGAGGGAGAGUAAUAAUAAUAAAUUAUAUAUUUUUUUUAUUGCAGGCAAUCUAUCCAAGGCUGACAAAGAGCUUGUUAUUGUAGCUACCAGCGCUCACAACAAGUGCCCUUACUGUGUGACUGCUCACGGUGCACUGCACAGAAUAUAUUCAAAGAAACCAGCCUUGGCUGAUCAGGUAAAUUAAUAAAAACGGAGUCUGAUGCAGAAUACCAUUCAGUAUUAAAAUACAACACUUCAUUUUCUGCACGAUAAUCUGCUUAUGUGUAUCACGUAGUAUAACCUAUACAUCAUGCUAGCAGUCAUUUUAAAAAUAAGUGCAAAGGAAACAAUAUAUGUGUGCACAAACCACAGUGCAAUAAGUGCUCAAUUAAAUAUAAGCAGAAAGAAACCUCACUGUAUAGGGUGAAGCUUCCAAUAAUAUCCCCAAAGAUUUCCUCCUUUCUUCCACGGAAUAUAAACAAAAAAUAGGGGAUGAUCUGCUAAACCAUUGACAAACAAAACAAAAUAGCGUAUAACUGUAUAUAUGAAUAAACCACAAGUGUUGUGUUCACAUAUGGCCACUCACACUUUCACUGAAGUUAGAAAGCCUUAAGCAUAAAUUCCUUCUUAGGAUUCAAUUAAAUUCCAUCUCUAUUUAAAUCACCAUGGAUUGGUUGGGAUAUAUGGAAGUGUGAGUGGCCAUAUGCCUAUUUUUUGUUUGUUUUAAAAAUAAGCACUGGUCAAUUUUAACACUUUUUUAACGUAUUAGGGAACUGAACUUGAGUAGCAACCACUUCAUGUUUAGCAUUACUGUAUGUGUUCUUUGCAUCCCUUCUUUGAACCAUUAAUGAACUGCUCAUUCCAAUGUGAGUUCUACUGACAUACACCCUCCACACUUCUAUUUGAUAUUCUCUCAUUACUUCCUCCUACUCUUGCCAUCAGAACAAACAGCCCAAAGAUUUAAACUACUAUGCGUUCCCACUGAUCCAGAGAAGCUUACGUCCUUACUGAUUCCUGAAAGUUAACAAAUCUUUUAUCUGAUCUCCAAAUUAUCUCUCCCUUCUCAUCAUUAAUUGUCACAUUCUCCUUCCACCCCACUUGAUUGUAAGCUCACAAGUAAAGGGACAUACUCCUUGUGUGCCAGUUUGUAUUGUAUGUGUUAUCAUAGUUCAACAAUUGAAAUAAUAAAAAAUAUGAAAGGGUAUUUUUUUUUUUUUUUUUAAAUCAGCUUUCCUGGUGUUGAGAGGUAUUGUGUGCUAUACAAGAAUCUGCAUACCCAGAUACUGCUAGGGACCUUGCUGUCCCAUGAUUGUGAGUCAUGAUGUAGAGCAUUAGGAAAGGACAAGCCGUGAGAUAAGAACACUUGUUCGUAUGUAACCAAAACUGCAAGGAGAUUUUUUGGUGGGUGGACUGGGACACUCCAACAAACAAAAAAAACUGCUAAAUGCAUAGACAACAUAACCACAAAUGAAAGCUGUAAUCCUCAUGUUGUUUAGAAUGGCACUUUUAAGAGCAUCUAUGUGAUAUAGAUAAUGUUUGUUAGACAAAAUGCUAGCAAUGUUAUAGAUGAUGUGCUGGAUAUGAAAUUUACCCAGUGUAUUAACAGUUGAUAAGACAAAUACAGUGCACCAACAUGGGUGGUUAUAAUCAAGACAUUACGAGAACACGUGAAAAAAUAUAUACAUACCUAUUCAUUUAUAUACAUUUGCUGGUAGUCUGAUGUUUCAUAGAGUACGUUUGUUUAAAAAAACAAACAAAAAAACAUGAGGUAUAAAAACAUGAACCUCUUUUUAUUCUAUAUUUUAUUUUUAUUGAUUCUUUUUCCAGGUUGUUGUCAAUUGGGAUCUGGCAGAACUCAAUGAACGAGAACGUGCGAUGGUGGAGUUUGCUUUAGCAAUUGCCAAACCAGAGAAUAUCACUGAAAACCAUUUCCAACAGCUGGAAAAGCACGGUUUGAACCGUGAUGAUGCUUGGGAUAUUGCUGCGAUCACCGCCUUCUUUGCCAUGGCUAAUCGUCUUGCACACUUGAUGGAUUUGCGACCUAACGAGGAAUUCUAUGCACUUGGAAGAGUUCCCAAAGUAAAACCUAAUGAAAUACAUUCUUAAAAUGCAGGUAGGAAGAUGUUUCAGAUCUACUGACCGCAUUAAUAGGUCAACGAUGGGUCUGCUUUUUUAUAUAAACAUGGUGUGCUUAGUGUUUUGAGAGAGCCAGUAAUGAGUGGCCCCUUGUUAGUCGUAAGAAUACAGGAGAAUAAAGAAAUACCUAAGAUAUCUGGCUAACUAUUAUUUGCCUGCUUUCAAGACUAAAUAUGUGUCUUCUUCAGACAUGUUGUAUAGACAUGUGAGAGCCGUCUUUAAUUAUAUCUAGUAAAUUUGUUGUUGAGCUCAGUGUUGUCCAAUUUCUGUGGUGUGGAGGGGUAGACUUUGUUGAUGGAAUAGCUGGGCAAUACAUCAAAUGACUAUUCCAAAAAAUUGAAAUGCACAAAAGGUGUAACCCACACAAAGCUAAUUUUUUCGCUCGGUGGGGAUUUUUUCCAGUUUUUUUUGCAUUUGGUGGUUAUUUGACUACCCUUCGAAAUAAAAACCCCAUAUAAAACCCUUGGUAUUUAUAGAUAUAUAUAUAUGCAAAAGUGUGGGCUCUCUCUCUCAAAAAAAAAAAAAGUCAGAUGGAAAUCAUAGGACGCCCUAAGACUCUUGAAGCACCAUUAAAAGAUCCGUAAAAGACCAUAAAACUGGUCAGCUGCAGUCUAGAACGUCGCUUUAACUUCCCAUACAUAGGUUCAUUUAUUUUAACUGUUUACAUUCUUGAUACAUGCAAAGAUUAAAAUCUUUUUUUUUUUUCUAUGAAAGAAUCAAAGUUUAGAAAAUAUAAGUGUAAAAUAGGGACUACUGUGGCUCAGUACUUUCCCUCUUCCUGACAAUGCUUUACAGUAGGCAAAACUACCACCAUCAAAUCGUGUCAUUUCCCCCAGGCGUCAGAGCAGGCAUUAGGAUGCUAGAGUAGGACCUUCCAAAAGAAUGGGUCACAUUGACCUUGUGGCAGGAUUAUGCAAUGUAUGAUCAUAUACUCUAACUAAACCUCCAUUUGUUAGGAAUCCAUAGAGACCCAACACGCAGGAUGUAAAAGAAAAUGUAUACUGGGCCUUAGAAUGGCCGGACUUAACGUUAGACAGAUAAAGAAUGGUGGCAAGGAACAAGCCAAGGUCAUGGGAGCCAGAAGUCACAGAAUCGAGGAUUACAAGCCGAGUCAAGGGAACCAGAAAACACAGUAGUGAGAUACCAAAGCCAGGUCAGGAACACAGAAGUAAGAAUAGUCAGGAAGACAAGGUCAAUACACAACAAUACACUGAAAGGCAAAGCACUAUUGGGAACUGUGAAUAGAACCACAACAGGGCAAAGAACUAUGGUUUUAUCUGCCUUUUAAAGGCUGGACUUUUACAUUUGAAGCCAUGCCCCCAAAACAUCCAAGUUUGAAAGUUUUGGCGGGCUGUGACGUCAUUUGCGUCAUGACAUCAGCACGCACGCGUGCAAUGUCGUCACUAGCAUCAUGACGUUGGCGUGUGCGUGCCGUGUCAUAAAAGGAGGCGGAGCUACAGCGGCUGGUGUUGGAACCGCUAGAGUGGAGACUGGAAGUAGGAACACGCCCAGAAAUGUGAGUAAGCAUGACACAAUUAUUCUUACCUAGGUGAGGUGUUUUUAAUAAAACUACUACAUUCUGUGAGACUUGAACUUAUUUAGUAAAUGAGCUAGUGUGCUAAAUCUUGUGUGUUUUUAUAUAUAUAUAUAUAUAUAUAUAUAUAUAUUGUGUUUUUUGUUUUGUUUUUGUUUUCUAUCAUGUGUACAUCACUGUUGGUAAUUGUUCUUUGAUAAAUGUAGUAGAUCAUAAUUAAAUUCCUGUGGUUUUGUUUUCCAGUGAGAAUUGUCUGAGAUUAAUCUGAAGCUGGGCCACAAGGCAUUCUAUGAUAGAAGUUUUGAUUUCACGUUACAAGACUUUCUGGGACACUACCUGUACUAUAUUUUACUCCUCUCACAGCUCACUCCCUCAAAAGUCCAAUUGUAUCUCAUUGCCCAGUGCACUAGCAUUGCUACAGUAAAUGUGUCAAUAGAUUUAACUUUUAAGCAAUGCAUUAAGAUUGGCAGUUAUGCUAAAAAAAAAACACUUAAAAUUGCUAAAUUAGUCUUCUGUAUUAAGACAUUCAGUUAAUGGAAUUGGCUCUUCUAGCACUGUGGUAACUAAGAUUUGAUAUAUACGUGGUCUUACUGAUUAACAAAGGUGAACAAUUGUUAUAUUAAAAAUUACUCUUGUAUCACAGGAAUAACGAUCUAGAUUUUAUUUUUAUUACUUACUAGCACCCAUCUUACAUCAGCUAUCAAUUUGUGUGCUCUUUUCGAUUUUGCAUUUGGAUACUAACAUAGUACAGCAAGCAUGUCAAACUCAAAGUGUGGCAAGGGCCACAUAAACAAGGUUUAAGUUUAUGUGGGCCGCACACACACACACACAUACUCACAGAUAGACACAUACAGACACACACACGCAUAUACUCACACAUACUUGCUGACACACACUCACAGACAGACAGACACACACUCACACACUUACACAUUCUUGCAUACACAUACUUUUCCUUAUUGCUCCUUACCUUUUGGAGCCGAUGUGGGGCAUCUCUCUGGGGUCCUUCCUGCUCCUCACUGCUCCUGUGCGGAUUAGUGAUGCCGGGUUCCGGAAUAUGACGUCAUAUUCCGACGCCGGCUUCACUUCAGUCGGCGAGCGAGGAGCUGGAAGGCUGAGCUCCGUCGCGUCCCUCCUCCCGGCCGGGUAGCUUUUAGCAGAGUAGGCACCUGCAAUAUGGGGAAAGCAGGUGCCUACUCUGCUAUAACACCAGCAUGUACUCGCGGCUCGCCGGGCCGCAAAUAUGGUCCUUGUGGGCCGCAUGCGAGUUUGACAUGCUUGUAGUACAGUCAUUUACACCACAGAUGCAGCAUUAGAGUGAUUUAAUGUAAUUGCUUUUCUACCAUUCUGUGGGUAAGUUGUUGGUUGAAAUUGGUUUUACAUGUAAUUCAAAUUUUUUAAUUAAUUUUUUUGGUCAAUCAGAUGGGCAUUACUGAAAAAAGUGGUGUUGUAUCAGCAGUAACAGAAUAGAAAAUCAGUUUACAACAACAUAGAUAACAUUUCCCAUGAGUAACUGCCUCAUUCUAUGUGAAUUAACUAGUAAUAUAAUAUAGCCAAGCUAUUAGGAAUCAACAGAUAUUGAUAUUUUAGAGCCGAUACCAAUAAUCUGUGAACUUUCAGGCCGAUAACUUACCGAUAUUCUGUACGUUUACCAUUUUAAAAAAAACAAAAAAAUAUUUUUCUAAAGGUAAAUGAACAAAAUAUACAUGCCACAUGUAGUGGAUGCAGUGUGUGUGUAGUGCGCGUAAAGUGAAUGCAGUGUGUGUGUGUAGUGUGCAUAAAGUGGAUGCAGUGUAUAGCGAAUGCAGUGUUUGUGUAGUGUGUUUAUAUAAUUCAGUGUGUGUGGUUUUUCUGCAGGUAUGUAAUUUGGGGGGGGGGCAUUUUUUAUUUAAUUUUUUAUUAAAUAUUUAAAAAAAAUGUUUUUGUCCCCCCUCCCUGCUUGUUACCUGGCCAGGAAGGGGGCAUAUGGCAUUCCCUGGUGGUCCGGUGGCAUGGACUGUGCAGUGGGGGCCCAGCAAGCGCUUACUUACCUUCCCAGAAGCUCCCUUCAGCUCCCCUGUCUAAAUCUCGCAGUCGGUAUGCCUCGCGGAGUGUUGUCAUGGUAACCCGUGGCACCGCUCUGAAAGCUGUGGGACUCGCAAGAGUAAGACAGGGGAGCUGAAUGGAGUUGUUGGGAAGGUAAUUAAGCAUUUGCCUGGUCCCCCAGGACAGCCGGGCUUGUAAUGGGCCUGGCGGUCCUGGUAUGUAUUAUCGGCAAUAUCGAUCUUUAUUGGCCGAUACCGAUAUUGCCAAAAAUACCAAAUAUCGGACAGACCGAUAAUCGGUUGAUCCCUACAAGCUAUGCUCUGAUUUGGUGGAUAAGUUCAGGAUGAUCGGUAUGCCAGCUCAGUGGCAAAACAUGUGGUCUAGUGGGUCAGAGUGCUUUUAUUGACAACUUGUGCUAUGCCAAACUAAUGUUGAAAACAUAAAAUAAAGCACUCUGAGUGUUCGAGCUCUACGGUUGGUAGGAACCAUGGUGACUGCCCCCACGAGGAAGGGCAAGUGUGGAGGAAAAGAGCUAUAGUUAACAUGACAUAAACGUGCUCAUUCUGCCCUGCUACCACAAGCUUUUACCCUAUACCCAUGCUGGAUAGCAUGGUUACAGUGUUCCAGUAGUUCAGUGUUGGCCACCCAGGCCUUCUCAAGUGCCCAUGUGCAAGUCCCACUUCUCCAGUAGCUCUCAGCUCCGCAUGCGAGGUCUCGGGAGGUUGUAAGGUGGUGGUGUACCCUCUGAGCAUGUGGGGUAAGCAUUGGGGUAUUUCCCUCCGGGUCCUCAGCCCAGAAAGGCAGUAGCAGGUCGUUGGACUUUACAUGUUUUUUUUCUCACAGGCGUCCUAG